AUGUCGACAAUCACUGGAAACUCGAAAAAACUCAUCUUAAUUAUUGGAGCGACCGGUGCGCAGGGAAUUGCGGUGAUUAACAAACUUCUUGCUCCCGGAGAGGAUGGUUCGCCAUCUCCCUAUUCCGUGCGAGCUCUUACCCGAAACCCUGAACAUGCCCGCGCGAAGGAUUUAGCCUCGAGGGGCGUCGAGAUUGCUCAAGGCCGAUUUGACGACUUCAAAGCCGUUGCAGCCGCCUUACAGGGCGUCUACGGGGCAUUUGUUAACACUGAUAGCUUCACUGUCUCUGAGGAGAAAGAGGUAUGGUCCGGAAUACGCAUUUUUGAGCUGGCCAAACAGGCUGGUGUCAAACAUUACGUCUGGAGUAGUCUUGAAUAUGUGUCGAAGCUCACCAACUAUAAUCCGGAAUACCGCUGCUUGCACUACGAUGGGAAAGGCCGUGUAGCAGACUUCAUGCAGGCUCAACCUUCAGUCGUGAGCGACUCAGGCAUGACAUGGUCCACAAUUACAUCGGGCCCAUACAUGGAUAUGCUGAACAUCUACACGUUCGGACCGAUCAAACGCCGCGCGGACGGCACCUUUGUAUUCGCAACACCUGUGGGGAAAGGGCAUGUCCCCAUGAUCGCACUCUCCGACUUCGGCCACUUCGCCAGAUAUACAUUCGAUAAUCGCGCACUCACUUCAGGCAAGGAUCUGAAAAUCGGGAGCGACUGGGUUGGAUGGGACUAUCUGGUGUCGACGUUUAUCAAGGUAACAGGCCAGAAGGCAGAAGUUGUAAACCAAUCCUUGGACGAUUGGUUCGACAACUAUGAGGGUGUUGAUCAACCCGUCUCCAACGAAGGCACGGGUGCUGAACACGUCUCGUGGAAGACGAACUUCACCGGAUGGUGGUCCAUGUAUAGGGAUGAUGUGAUCAAGCGAGAUUGGGAAUGGAUUCGCAAGGUCAACCCGAACGGCUACACACUCGAGACUUGGAUGCGAGCCAAUAAUUACGGAGAAGGCUCGGGCCAAAUGCUCCUGAAGAAUAUCGAGGACGGUCAUCGAGUGACGUUAAACCAAGCUCGCAUCGCGCAGUUGUGA